GCAAAUACAGUAAUGGCUCAACAGGAAGAAGGGUGGCCUUUGGGAUUGAGAUUCUUGAAUUCUAGAAUUGGGCUGGGGAGAAAUGAUGAUUUUUCUGGAUCAGUCUCCUUCAGCACUAUGCUCAGUGAUUCUCCCACUCGUUCAACUGAUUCUUUCUCAGAUCUUAACACGGAGUCCUCUGGAUCAUUUUUCCAUGACAAGAGCAUUACACUUGGCAGCCUCAUUGGUCUUUCUAGCUUCCUAGAGCUCUCAAGGAGAUCUACCAGGGGAAGAAUGAUGGAACCAUCAAAGGACAACAAAAAGAAUCACAAGCUGAAGCCUUGGCUGUUUUCACUUUGUUCAAAGGUAAGUACUGAUGCAGUGAGUAGGAAUGAUGCUCCCUCUCUUGGCCAAUACCUUGAAGCUGAGAAAAGAGCUGCAAGUACUUACAGAAGGAAUCAAUGUUCUACUACUUCUGGACCUAAUGGUUUCUCCCCUAUUCAAGAAUCAAACUCACUAUUUGUUAGGAACCAAGUUGAUCAUCAGUCAUCUGCUUGAUAACUGAAUGAGUGACGAUCCUUAUUACUCAUUCAAGUAUCUUUCAUUCAGAGGUCAUGGAGUUCUUUGUCUGUUUCAGGAGAUUCUCUUGUUAGGUAAUUACUCAAGGCAUUAGGAUAUUAUCUUU